AGUCGCGUACUAGCAAAAAAUCGGAAGUAUUCAACGACAUAGCAUAAAAUUGAGAUGUCCUCAAAAAAAGGCAAUUCGAACAAUUGUUUGGAAAGCAAAACUGAAAGUAUCCGCGCUUUCGGAGUUAUUUAUCUUUCGUUGAAGCUCCAAGGAAUGGUGGUAACGGAAGACUACCACCUUCGUCACAAGAUACAUGUUGUUCUCAAUUAUAUCCUUACCAAUAUUUGCUACUAUUCUUCGUUCAUAAUUCAACUAUUUUACGUGAAUAAUUUAAGACAGUUACUGGAAAAUGUUCCCAUGAACAUUUGCCUUACAGCCUGCACCAUCAAAUUUUUUGUAAUUCUGAGACUAAGACCCAGCCUCAUCGAAAUGAACAAGAAGCUGGAGCACCUCGACAGUGGACCUAUGACGGAAAUACAAAAGGAUAAAUUGAGGAGAGUAAUCAACUUUUGCAGGUUGAUUUCAGUGAGUGUUACCGUGUUGUAUCUGGUGGUGAAUUUUAUGUAUGCCCUUACUGGAGCGGUUUCGGAUGGUACCAAACUUGGCUUCGAAACUUGGUUCCCCUAUGAUUGGAGGAAGUCAGCUUUUCGAUUUUGGAUUUCGUUGUUCAUCCAGACCAUGUUUCAAUUUCAAUUGUCACUGGAAGAAGUUGCAAAUGAUUUCCUUGGGGCGUUGUAUCUUUGUAUACUGAGCGCACAUCUACAGAUAAUUAUGGAACGGUUUGCGAAUAUUCAUUAUGAUCCAGAGAAAACGGAGGAAGAAAGUUUCCAAGAUUUUAAACACUGUUUGGAGGAUCACCGGACUAUAAUGGAUAUCUUCGAGAUAAUACAGAACACUCUGUCCUUUACAAUUUUCUUUCAAUUCAUCACGUCAAUUCUCGCAGUUUCAACCUCUGGUCUGCUAUUUCUUAAAUUCUCGCCAACAUUGACCGAGACUACGGCAAUAUUCAUACUUAUUUUGGCCGAAAUUGCAGAAAUUUUUCCAUCCUGCUACUAUUCAGACAAAUUUAUGGAAAAAACGGACCAGAUGGUCUUCAUGCUCUACUCAUCAAACUGGAUGGACUUGUCACCAAAGUUCCGGAAGCAUCUUAUUAUAUUUAUGCAGAUGACGCAGAAGAAAAAAAUUAUAUUGGCUGGAAAACAGAUACCAAUAACUCUGGCAACUUUCAUGUCCGUAAUGAAGGCCAUGUACACAAUGUUAAUGAUCUUGAACCCAUCCGAUUAGCGACCAGAAAGGAUAAGAUUGCACAUGAAAUGACACAAGUAAAGUUGAAACAAUUUAACAUAGACUCAGAUCAAAAUCUCUAGUUUGAAAAGGCACUACAUAGCUGCAAUUAAUCUUUCUAUUAUACUUUUCGUGCACUUUUAUGAUGAUAUGCCGUUCAGUAAAUAAAAUAAGUUCCGA